AUGAGGAAUAUGAUUCCAUCUAGAUCAUCACACCAAUGUUCCAACAACGUCCCGCAUGGAAGGCAACCAAAUAGAUCGUUUGAAGCAAUACCGCAAUCACCGGAUGGUAUUGUUCCCGGAGUGUCUGACACAUCCAGCGGGAUGUGUAAUGAAUAUACUUCCACCGUCGAUUUCAGUGUGCCGGAACAAAAUGCAUGGAAUUGUUAUUUGUCCAUCGAACCAAAUCCUAAUAUCGUCGCGGAAGUGGACGAAGAAAUACCUGUACCGGUGCCGUCGGAGCACGAUCCAUCAGAACAUGUGGUGGUGAAAGAUGGAUACACAUAUUACAUACGUUAUUUAGACGAAUCGAUGUCGGAGGAACCGCCAGUUCAACACAACUACGAAGGAGAAGUUUUAGGUGAGAUGGAACAGCUCCCCUCGAUUUCCAAGGAACUGUCCAUGCUGAUGGUCGAUAGUAUGCUUCCAGAAGGUGCCAUACCCACGCUCGAAAACAUCGAAAGUUCAACGCGCGACUGGAUUAACUAUGACGAGUUGCCUUUGCUGAGUCAGCAAAAGCAACAGCAGCCAGUAUCGACCGAUCAUGUUUCGCCACCGAAUGACACUUCGGUCGAGAAUCAGUGCUGCAAGAAUUACCACACUACGUUGGUAAAGCCGAGGGCCGAGAGUCAACAGGAGGUGGUUGGUCUUAGUGGCUGUGAAUUGUUUCCUGUGUUAUCGAACGCGUUGCAGCAGCCUUCGGUUGAAGGAUUUUUGCCAAGUAACGAAACAGUUCUUAUGAAUAGCAGCAAGUCAUCCGUAGUUACCAUGGUGCCUGAUUUUAGCCACUACUGCGUGGAGUGUGAAAAAUUCUUCCCUUCCAACGACUGUCUCCAAGAGCAUAUGGAAUCCAACCAUCGGCUGUUUGACGAAAAGCUGAUCACAAUGACGAGUACACCGAAAGCAUCCUUCAAUCAGGCGGUAGGGUAUCGUUCAGGCGAAUUAAUUAUCCCCAUAUCUCCGAUUGUAGAUUCCACCAACCAUCGUCGGAAAAGACCAUUUUUCUGUGAUUCAUGUAACAUAUCGUUUGACUUUGUCGAAAGUUACUACAUGCACAACCAUAGCGUCCAUGGAGGAGGGGUUGGUACCGGUUACCGAUGA